UCUGUUUCUGUAUAAAUAUCCAGUCAUCAGCCACUUAUCACAAAAUGCAAUUGCAAAUGAUGCUUCAGGUUUCACAGAACAGCAUUUCCAGGAAGUUGAAAAAUUAAAAAGGCGUUGCAAAGAAUGCAUAAGGUGUGACUUGACUUCUCUUCCGUGUAACCAUGAUGGAUAAGCCCAAAAUCUUGAUCAAGAAGAGUCUACAAAAAGAAAAACAGAUUGCUCUGCAUCCACUGUCACAGAGAAAACCUUGUGUCACACCUUCAAAUGCUACCGGUUUGUACACCCUACCCUUACUUCAACCUUCUUUCAAAUUCUUGGCCAUAAAUUCGACCCCCUCAUCGCCUAGAGCUUUACCAAUGAAGAAAGUAACUAAGAGCUUUCAACCAUCAUCAAGUGAGGUUAGAAACAUUUCCUACAACUACAAGCUACAAGAAAUUAUUCCAAAAACUGACAGGGUUAAGGAAGAGGGAUUCAAAUGCAGUGCACUUUUUUGCAUGCAUCUUCCAGGAUUUGGUAAAACAAAGCCAGUUAAAGAAAGAAAAGCAGAAACCCAAAUGCAUGCUUCAGUGAACCCUGUGUUAUCAAAGCCAAAUUCUUCUUCGCAAAAAUUUGAACGUAGUUCCCUGCUUUCACAAGCAAGAAUUCAUGAAAAUGAAGGAGAUAACUCUGUUAGUUCCUACUUUGAUCUGCCAUCUGAGUUGUUUAAAUUCAGCAGCCAUAAUGCAUAAUACCUGGUUACGUACGCCAGAGACAAGGAAACUAACGUCUUUUUAGAAGCACAGGGCGCAUAUUGAGUGUACUGUAUAUAUAUUGAAGAUAACUCUUUCAAAAAUCAAUACUUUUGUUAAGUUUUAUCAAUGUUAUAUGCAGUUGUUUCUGCGUGUGCUACGUGGAUGCUAACUCGUUAUAUGGUGUACCUUGUUUGAUAUAAGAUCUAUAUAAAUAUACAAAUUGAUCGCAUAAAGCCUA